AUGGUGCUAAAUGACAAACUUCUUGAAUAUGGAACGCUGAAGUUUCAUGGAGAGAUGAAGACUGAAAGGGGUGAGUUUAAGAAUGAGAGAACAAGAAAGCUUGAUCGUCUCUUUAUUUUACUGGACACCGGUACAACACCAGUAACAAGAAAAGCAGCUGCACAGCAACUUGGGGAAGUAGUGAAACUGCAUCCUCAUGAACUGAAUAAUCUCUUAUCUAAAGUGUUAGUGUAUUUAAGAAGUACGAAUUGGGAUACUCGUAUUGCAGCUGGCCAGGCUGUGGAAGCAAUAGUGAAAAAUGUACCUGAGUGGAAUCCAACUCCAAGAUCAAAACAAGAACCAGGCUCAGAAAGUCCUAUGGAAGACUCACCUUCAACAGAUCGGUUGCGUUUUGACAGAUUUGAUAUAUGUCGAUUGUUAAAACAUGGUGCAUCUCUUCUUGGGUCUGCUGGUGCAGAAUUUGAAGUCCAAGAUGAUAAAUCAGGUGAAAUUGAUCCUAAAGAGAGGAUAGCACGACAGAGGAAACUGUUACAAAAGAAACUUGGCUUAGAUAUGGGUGCUGCAAUUGGGAUGAAUACUGAAGAUCUGUUCAAUGAUGAAGAUCUGGACUAUUCUCCUUCUUCAGUUUCACUAGUAAACAAACAACCUACUCUUCAGGCUGCUGAGUUAAUUGACUCAGAAUUUCGAGCUGGUAUGAGCAGUAGACAAAAGAAUAAAGCCAAAAGAAUGGCUAAGCUGUUUGCAAAGCAAAGAUCCAGAGAUGCAGUGGAAGCUAAUGAGAAGAGCAAUGAUAGCACUGAUGGGGAACCAGAAGAAAAGAGAAGGAAAGUUGCAAAUGUUGUCAUCAACCAGCCUGCCACAGACUCAAAAACACUGGUAGAAAAUGCUCCGGAAGAGGCAAAUGAAUGGCCUCUGGAAAGCUUUUGUGAAGAGGUGUGCAAUGAUCUCUUUAACCCUUCUUGGGAGGUUCGACAUGGUGCAGGUACUGGACUGAGAGAGAUACUUAAAGCUCAUGGUAAAAGUGGUGGUAAAAUGGGAGACAGCUCUUUAGAAGAGAUGAUUCAGCAGCAUCAGGAGUGGCUAGAAGACUUGGUUAUUAGACUUCUUUGUGUGUUUGCAUUAGACAGAUUUGGAGACUUUGUUUCAGAUGAAGUGGUAGCACCAGUACGUGAGACUUGUGCUCAGACUUUGGGAGUAGUAUUGAAACAUAUGAAUGAGAGCGGAGUUCAUAAAACUGUGGAUGUUCUCCUGAAGCUGCUUACACAGGAACAGUGGGAAGUGAGACAUGGUGGUCUCCUAGGAAUAAAGUAUGCUUUGGCAGUACGUCAGGACAUGAUCAACACUUUAUUGCCUAAAGUGUUGCCUGCAAUAAUUGAAGGUCUCCAAGAUCUGGAUGAUGAUGUCCGAGCUGUUGCUGCAGCAUCUUUAGUACCAGUAGUGGAAAGCCUGGUCCAGCUUCAGACUCAACAGGUGCCUUUUAUUCUUAAUACCUUGUGGGAUGCACUUCUGGAGUUGGAUGACUUGACAGCUUCCACAAACAGUAUCAUGAUCCUUCUUUCUUCCCUUCUGACUUAUCCUCAGGUCCGCAAAUGCAGUAUUCAGCAAUCACUCACAGUUUUGGUCCCACGUGUGUGGCCAUUCUUGCAUCAUACUAUAUCUUCUGUGCGAAAAGCAGCACUGGAAACGUUAUUCACGUUGCUGUCUACCCAAGACCAGAGCUCUUCAACAUGGCUGACUCCAAUUCUGCAAGACAUGUUGAGGCACAUAUUUCAAUUUUGUAUUUUAGAAAGCAACCAAGAAAUUCUGGAUCUUAUUCACAAGGUAUGGCUGGAACUGUUAAACAAGGCGUCUGUACAGUAUGUGGUUGCAGCUGCUUGUCCGUGGAUGGGAGCCUGGCUCUGCUUAAUGAUGCAGCCAUCUCAUUUGCCCAUUGACUUAAACAUGUUGCUAGAAGUGAAAACCAGAUCAAAAGAAAAGGCAUCUGCUAAACUGCGUCAAGGUCAAACCCAGAAUAAGGAAGUGAUUCAGGAAUAUAUUGCUGGGGCAGACAGCAUUGCAGAAGAUCCACCAACCAGGGAUUAUGUCGUCAUGCGAGCUCGGAUGAUGGCAGCAAAGUUGCUGGGAGCACUUUGUUGCUGCAUUUGUGACCCAGGUGUAAAUACUGUUACUCAAGAAAUAAAGCCAGCGGAAUCAUUAGCUCAGCUACUGCUCUUCCACUUGAAUUCUAAAUCUGCCUUGCAGAGGAUUAGUGUUGCAUUAGUAAUCUGUGAGUGGGCAGCCUUGCAGAAGGAGUGUAGAACUGUGGCUAUUUGUGUGCAACCUCGUUUACUUGGGGUCCUUUCUGAACAUCUCUAUUAUGAUGAAAUUGCUGUUCCUUUUACUCGAAUGCAGAAUGAAUGUAAACAACUCAUCUCAUUGUUAGCUGAUGCUCACAUUGACAUUGGAAACAGAGUAAACUGCAAUGUAUUUACAAUAGAUCAAGCUAAUGAGCUGGUGACUUCUGUUUUCAAUGAAGUGACAUCAUCCUUUACUUUGAAUCCUAUAAUUCUACAACAGUUGGACAGUAAACGACAACAAGUUCAAAUGACCGUUACAGAAACAAAUCAAGAAUGGCAAGUGUUGCAUCUGCGAGUCCAUACGUUUGCUGCGUGUGCAGUUGUGAACUUGCAGCAACUUCCAGAAAAACUAAAUCCAGUUAUAAAGCCCUUAAUGGAAGCUAUCAAAAAAGAGGAGAAUACGCUUGUACAAAACUAUGUGGCUUCAUGUAUAGCAAAGCUACUUCAGCAGUGUACGACAAGGUCUCCUUGUCCCAACUCAAAGAUUAUAAAAAAUCUCUGCAACUCCCUCUGUGUGGAUCCACAUCUUACCCCUCUAGCAGCGUGUCCUGCACAGCCUCAGAGUAGCCAUGAAAACUCGAAAGGGCCCAACUCCGAUAAAGAUGGGAUGCAUCAUACAGUUACUAAGCACAGGGGAAUAAUUACACUGUACAGACAUCAGAAAGCUGCUUUUGCCAUCACAAGUCGGCGAGGUCCUGCUCCAAAAGCUCCAAAAGCCCCAGUUGCAGAUCUCCCCACUGGCAGUAGUGGAAGCAUUCCUACAGAACUUGAUGAGGCUCAGAAGCCUUAUGUUGUACAGAGAAGAGGAGCUGAAUUUGCCUUAUCUACUAUAGCUAAACAUUUUGGUGCUGAAAUGGCAACAGGAUUGCCACAUCUCUGGGACGCUAUGGUUGGUUCAUUAAGGAACAACAUUCACAUAAAUAAUUUUGACCGAAAGUCCUUGCUGGAAAAAGGAGAUGCUCCUGCCCAGGAGCUAGUAAAUUCUUUACAGGUUUUUGAAACAACCGCAGCUUCAAUGGAUACUCAGCUACAUCCUCUGUUAAUACAGCAUUUGCCUCAUCUUUAUAUGUGCCUUCAACAUCCCAGCACUGCAGUGAGACACAUGGCUGCUCGUUGUGUAGGUGUUAUGAGCAAAAUAGCUACCAUGGCAACAAUGAAUAUCUUCCUAGAGAAAGUUCUGCCGUGGCUGGGAGCAAUAGAUGACAACACCAAACAAGAAGGUGCAAUUGAAGCACUUGCGUGUGUAAUGGAGCAGCUGGAUGUUGGUAUUGUUCCAUACAUUGUUCUUCUAGUGGUUCCAGUUCUGGGUAGGAUGAGUGAUCAGACAGACAGUGUACGUUUUAUGGCUACUCAGUGCUUUGCAACGCUAAUUAGGCUAAUGCCUCUUGAGGCUGGUAUACCAGAUCCACCAAACAUGUCUGAAGAAUUAAUCCGAAUGAAAGCUAAAGAACGUCAUUUUCUGGAACAAUUACUGGAUGGGAAAAAACUGGAAAACUAUAAAAUUCCAGUACCAAUCAAAGCAGAGCUCAGAAAGUAUCAGCAGGAUGGAGUGAACUGGCUGGCGUUUCUCAAUAAAUACAAACUUCACGGAAUUCUUUGUGAUGACAUGGGCUUAGGAAAAACUUUACAAUCUAUUUGCAUUCUUGCAGGUGAUCAUUGCCUCAGGGCUCAGGAAUAUGCAAGAACAAAACUGGUGGACAGUGUUCCUCUUCCCUCCUUGGUGGUGUGCCCUCCUACACUCACAGGACACUGGGUGGAUGAAGUGGGCAAAUUUUGCUCCAAGGAGUAUCUUAAUCCUUUGCACUAUACAGGACCUCCUACUGAGAGAGCAAGAUUACAACACCAGGUGAAAAGACACAAUCUCAUAGUGGCCUCAUAUGAUGUUGUGAGAAAUGACAUUGACUUCUUCAGAAAUAUUAAGUUUAAUUACUGCAUUCUUGAUGAAGGCCAUGUAAUAAAAAAUGGAAAAACAAAGCUGUCAAAAGCAGUAAAACAGCUGACUGCCAAUUACAGGAUAAUUCUUUCUGGGACACCGAUCCAGAACAACGUCUUAGAGUUGUGGUCGUUGUUUGACUUCCUUAUGCCAGGAUUUUUGGGCACUGAACGCCAAUUUGCAGCUCGUUACGGCAAACCAAUACUGGCAAGUAGAGAUGCCCGAAGCUCCAGUCGUGAACAAGAGGCUGGGAUUCUUGCAAUGGAAGCACUGCACCGCCAGGUUCUGCCAAUGAAAGAGGAUGUACUGCAAGAUCUACCACCCAAAAUUAUUCAAGAUUAUUACUGUAUUCUCAGUCCUCUACAGGUUCAGCUUUAUGAAGAUUUUGCCAAGUCUCGUGCCAAGUGUGAUAUUGAUGAAACAGUUUCUUCAAUUUCACUGAAUGAAGAAACUGAAAAACCAAAGCUGAAAGCUACAGGUCAUGUAUUUCAGGCACUGCAGUACUUACGGAAGCUAUGCAACCAUCCAGCAUUAGUGUUAACAACCCAACAUCCCGAAUAUAAAAGAAUUACAGAGCAACUUGCAGCUCAUAAUUCAUCCCUCCGAGAUAUCCAACAUGCACCUAAGCUGUCUGCUUUAAAACAACUGCUGAUAGAUUGUGGUUUGGGGAAUGGUGGAUCUUCAGAAAGCGGUACUGAAGCUGUUGUGGCCCAGCACAGAGUGCUUAUCUUCUGUCAACUUAAGAGCAUGCUGGAUAUAGUGGAGCAUGACCUUCUCAGACCUCAGUUACCUUCAGUUACUUAUUUACGACUAGAUGGCAGCAUACCUGCUGGUCAGAGGCAUUCCAUUGUUUCACGGUUUAAUAAUGACCCAUCUAUAGACGUUCUGUUGCUCACCACUCAUGUUGGUGGACUGGGACUUAACUUAACAGGGGCUGAUACAGUAGUAUUUGUGGAACAUGACUGGAACCCAAUGAGAGACCUGCAAGCCAUGGAUCGGGCACAUCGUAUUGGGCAGAAACGUGUUGUUAAUGUGUAUCGCCUGAUAACCAGGGGAACUCUGGAGGAAAAGAUUAUGGGUCUUCAAAAGUUCAAAAUGAAUAUUGCAAAUACAGUGAUCAGCCAAGAAAACACAAGCCUACAGAGCAUGGGAACAGAACAGCUUCUUGAUCUGUUCACUCUUGACAAGGAUGGAAAAACUGAAAAAGCAGAUACCUCUACCUCUUCUGGGAAAGCAUCAAUGAAAUCAGUACUCGAAAACCUUGGAGAACUAUGGGAUCAAGAACAGUAUGACACUGAAUACAGUCUUGAAAACUUUAUGCAUUCAUUAAAGUAACCAUCAUAUAUUUGUAAUACAACUGCUGCUAGUUCACAUAUUUUUCUGCUGAUAUUCAGCAAACUUCAAAGUAUAUAUAGUGAACCUUUAGCUUAACAUGUAAAUAGACUUAUCGAAAGAAGAAUCUUCAGAAGACUGGCACUGAGCAGUGUCACCUGUUUCACUGGGGAGUUAUUCUAUCCUAAAUGUUUGCACUGUAUAAAAGAAAUUUAAAUGUAAACAUUGUGAGGUGGCUUGAAUUUUACUUGUUCUGAACGGCUGCAAAUUCUUACUUGGUAGAAGAACAAAACAAAGCAAGAUUUUACAUA